ACCCUAAGGGCUGUUGGUAUCGGAUUUGAUUUAACCCGCGAAGUCGCCUGUGCGCUUCAGGCCGUCCGAAGCGUGAGCGUCCUGUUAACCUCCGGGAAGUGGAAGCCGAGUUUCGCGGCUGUGAGGUAGGGUUUGGUCUGUGACAUGAGCUUCCUUCUGAACACUUUGACGACGAAGCGGGAAGUGGACACGGCGAUCCGAGACACCCUCGACAAGGUUCUCGUCCUCCGCUUUGGCCGCGCCUCGGAGCCCGUUUGUCUCCAGCUCGACGACAUACUUGCGAAGUCCUCUCGAGAGAUUAGUAAAUUUGCAGUUAUAGCUUUAGUAGAUAUUGAUGCUGAGGAGGUUCAAGUUUAUGCCAAGUAUUUUGAUAUAGUACUAAUUCCUUCGACUGUGUUUUUCUUCAAUGCGCAUCACAUGAAGAUGGACUCUGGGACUGCUGAUCAUACAAAAUGGGUGGGCUCUUUUCAAUGUAAGCAAGAUUUCAUAGACGUGGUAGAGGCCAUAUUUCGAGGUGCAAUGAAAGGUAAGCUGAUAGUUAGCUGUCCUCUCCCUCCAGAGCAAAUACCCAGAUUCCAGCUUCUUUUCAAGGGUCUAUAAUUAUACCCUGCUGUAAGUUUUUUUAUAGCUAUGCCUAUUAUAAAUCUGAUAGCUUACAUUGAAUUACUUAUCAGAUGCUAUAAACUAUUUGAGCUAAAUUAGGUCUAUAAUCUUUAAAUGAAAUAUUUAAUAGUUCCAAAAUACAAUUUCACUUA